GGGCGCAAAUGUGGCCAUGACAUCAAUCCACUUUAGGUUUAUCAUACAUUCGCCUAGGGUCACCACAUAUGCAAAAGGCAUCGCGAUCAGAGGGGGGUUUGUAGAGGGUCUCUCCUCCUCAGCAUUGCUUAUCUGUAGUUGCUAUUUUGAUUUGGGAAUUUUGUGUAAAUCAAGUCCAACUAAAUGCUAUUAGAAUCUCACAUUGCCGGAGUCGAGUCGAGCAACGAAAUGAGAUUUUUAUAUUUUGCUUAACGUAAAUGUCAAUUGCGCUGACAAAUGUUCAUUGAGAAAUUCAAUUUGUCAUAAAUGUCCAAUUUGUCCAAGAUUUAAAUGUCGGACAAAUUGGAGAUUUAUGACAUUUUGAAUUUGUCAUAUCUGUCAUAUUUGUCAUAUUUGUCACAAAUUUUAAAUGUCUGACAAAUUGGACAUUUAUGACAUGUCAAUAUGUCAAUUUGUCAAUGACAUGUCAUGACGGCACAUCCCUAAAAAUGAUACAAAUGCACACGGGAAAAGUUUCAUGAACAAAGACACUAAGAAAAGCACUAGGGACCAUGCAUACCUCACGUUGAAGAUUAUGAAAUUUUGUUGACUCCUUCAAUAAUAUAUUAACAUUGCAAUGAUAGAACGGCUGAAGAAAUGCACACAAAACUCAAAAUCGGCAACAUGCUUUACGCAGGCUCCCAUAUGAGUUUUAUACGUCCAGUCAUCCCCAGGAUAGGGAAUGCUUGAAUUCAAUUUGACUCAACAUGUGUGCUGUGCAAACAAAUAAAAAUUUCGUCAUCGUUAAUAUUUGCAGUAGCAUAAAAUAUUGCGAAAUAUUCUCCAAGUUCAAGGAAGGCAAAAGUGCAGAACACUUGUUAUCGGUAUUUGUAAAUAUUUCUGUAAACAAUGGAAUCCCAAGGGGAAAGAAGUGUGCAAGAUGUUGCACUCAAUAAUCCAAUUAUUUUGACGCAAGUAUUAAAACAGUCCUCAAUCCGUUUGCGAAAUGCCCGACUCGUCUGCAAAUUUUGGAACGAUAUUGUUCUCUCACUUCCAGAUACAAGACUUGCUGUUCGAUUGAGGGACGUAGACCAGGAAGACGAGGAAGACGACAACGACGACGACGACGAUGACGGUGACGAGGAGGAGGACGAUGAAGAUGACGACGACCAAGAGAAAGGCGACCCCGCCGACCCAUUUCCGUUUUACGUACUUUGCUCCUCUCUAGAUAAACGACUCGCGAAACGGGUUACCUCCAUGUGUGGCCCCACCUACGCUAACGAGAUCGAUAGUACCCGUUGCAUCUACUCUUUCGGCGGGAAGCUGAUGUACUUCUGUGAAAAGUUUAGUGAUACCGUGCAAAUUUUAAAGAUCACUAUCCAUGACGAAAAAUGUUUAAAAUACAUUUCUCAAGCGUUAAAAAACUCCUGUCCGAAUUUGAAAGAGUUGCGAAUUAGCUGUACAGAUGCUCGAAAGACGCAAAUUGAGCCAGGGGUGCUCGCCGCAAUGCCAAGAUUGACCGUGUUUUCGCAAAGUUACGCGUUUCUAGGCUAUAUACAAUUUCCCUACGAAGCUUCCUGGUUUCUCACCAGUUUUGCACAGGCUGUUGUUACCGCCGCGCCAAACUUGAGGGAGGUCACCCUUCCUUGGGGAUAUCAUCCAGACCUGUCAAAUUCGAAGUGUCUCGACUCCUUAACGAUUGGACUGAAUGAAACCGACGUACGGGAAGCGGUUCACUUUAACGUUUCAGAACUCUGGCACAUGCUGAGUCAAGUCGGGAGCCAAUUAGUCACCCUGUUUUUUGGCGAGACCAAUCUACGUCAUCGUGUUUUCCGCUCAAAAACAUGGAACAAGAUAGAAUUCAGGUUACCGAGAUCGAUGCCAAAAUUGAAAACGUAUGGAAACCUGAUGCUCGAUGUUUUUGAGUGUACCGAUAUUUUGAAAGAUUUCGAAAAAAUGCCUGCCCUCAAAACGCUCACAUUGGGAAGGACCACUGCGACAAGGUCGACGAGUCUGCAUGAAACUUUGCAAACUAUUUCCAGCUCUGACAAGAGUUUUGAAGGCGUGAAGUACUUAAGGAUUAUUGAGAUGCAUGAUCCCGCACUUUUGGACGGAUUGAAGACAGCCUUUCCCAACUUGGAGAGGUUGUCAGUGAGAACGCGUCACGCGGAAGAUGUCGAUGUCGCUGGUGGCGUGAGUGGGAUGCAGUUGGGCGCUGUGCUCCAGGCGUGCGAGGGAGGUUGGGAGGGCUUGAAGCAUUUGGAAGUGGGUUUGCCAAGGAAUCCAGAGCGAAUUGGGGACGUCAUUAAGGCUCUGUUGGAUUGCAGUAAUUUGUAUCAAGGGCUGAAAACAUUGAAUAUAAUUCCCGAAGGGGAUGAGUUGGAAGAUGAUUUAACAGAGGACGAAAUGGAUCUAUUUAAGAAACUGCUCCUAGCAAUGGAUGUGAUGGACGACGUCUGCAUUUGGAAUAUAAACUUUGGUGCAAAAUCUAUGACAAAUAUAUUGGCAUUUAUGACGUCAAAAAAAUUGUCCAUGUCCAAGUUCAGGAUGUUCUGGGGACAAGCGGAGCCUGCCCCGAUUGAUGACAAUUUUGUAUAAGACUCUCACGAUUUACACCAUAUUGUCACUACUUUUGUACUAUUUUUAUCGUUUACUUUCAUCUCGUACUAUAUUUUGGUCUCACUGCCACAGUUAUAUAUAUAUAAGGUUACCUUUUGAAGUGCAAAUAAACCAUGAAGUCUAUUAGAAUAAAGUCAAGAAGCCCUUUUA